GCAUGUUGUCAGUGUGACUUUCAGUACCCGGUAUGCGGCGCUUGUGCGGCAGCUGGGGCAGCAUGCCUGGGAUAUGAUUCCAUCCAGGGAGUUGACAGACCUCGAAGCACGACUUCACACCUAGAGCAAGAGGUUGCUCGUCUAGAGACUGAGCUAGGACUCAUUCAGAGCCAAACUAGGACCGAUCUCGAUAUUUCGCUGGAAUCUGCAGAACGACUUGCUACCAGACUUGCCGCAACUAUUGCCAUCCCACACCGCGCUUUGCGAGGUCAAGACAGCCUCCUUCCGCUAACUUCAACAUUCUUCCUCUCUGGCUCACCUGAACCGUAUCUGAGUACUUCAAUGGAGGACUUUGACAUGCCGAAACAAGCCGAGGAGUCUGCAUCGUCAACUAAUAAACUCUCGUCGAUUCCUCGUCAUGCUGUCGAUACCAUGUUGAAACACUAUUGCGAGAUUUAUCGUCCUUUAUACCCGGCGGUUGAGGAGUCGGACCUGUUCAAUGCGUCUGAUAGAGUCUAUAACAACACACAGCCAUCUGCUUUCGAUAUCUUUUGUGUCCAUGUCACCUUAGCAAUCAGUAUGCAAACAUUGAUGUACUGUGAUGAAAAGAGAGCAACAUCUGCCUCAUAUGGGUUUUGGACAACAGCGGUAGAUGCACUAGGUCAGGCUGGGCCAAUCGACCCAUGGGAAAGACUGCAGGCGUUACAGCUUCUGACACAUUAUGGUUUUACGAAUCCGAAGCAUGUCGAUUGCAGUAGAUGUGCUGCCGCGGCUACAAGACUCUGUUUGCAGCUCGGACUGCAGCAUGAAUUGCCUGUUUCUAUACAGAAUGAUUUGGAUGUCGCCACACUAAAGAAGCGAAAACGGCUUUUCUGGAACUCAUACAACAUUGACUGUACUGGCCUUGCUGACAAGGUGACUAGUGCUGUGCACACGGUCCAGUGUAGGCCAUUUAUAUGGCCGAAAUCUGCAUCAAUAGGACCAUUGACCGAUACGGACUCACAGUCUGCAACCAGUCGUCAAUUUUGUUUGCUCCGAGAGCUUGAAUCAGAAGUUACCCGUGGAAUGUAUUACCCAACAAUACCAUUCGAUGACAUACCAAGAGAUGAUUCUUUCGGUGAAUGGUUCACCCGCAUACACCAACGCUUAGAAAAUUGGUAUCAGACGACACAUCAGAGUAUAAACCUUGGUGAGAAGAUUGAGUUCCAUGAGCUGCUAUUUCAAUGCCAAAUUAUGAGGCUUAACCGGCCUUCGCCUCGACGCCUUACGCCUACGCAAGAAAUGCGCAAGAGAGCUCUUCAAGCUUCUAUUGCUGUCUUGAAAGAACUUGGCAUCAUAGAGCGAAUGGGGAAGCUUUUCAAUAUAUGGCACGCUUCUUACUUCCUUAUAGAAGCGUCAAUAUGCAUUCUUGGGAUCGUUCUGGUUGGGAUCGCGUCUCGCGAAGACGCCCCUACCACCCUAGAGGGAGAAGACAUCCCCAUUAUCUGUCGUUAUAUACAAACAGCAUCUGUUCUCCUCAGAAAGAUAUCGCGUCGCUGGCCAAGCAUGGGUGUGCGUGCAUCUGCCCUUGAAGCAGUAUCACGUGCAGUCGUCGAGAAAUUGCACUCAUGGUCGAAG